AAACACCUCUGUAUUGGUAUCGUCCAAAGGCUAUAAAUACUCUGCUGAACUGUCCUCUAUCCCGUGCACUGUGUGCAGCUUCGGUUGCUAAGGAACCACCGAACGCAGGUGGCAUAAAGAUGAUGGUGGCAUAGUGAGAAAGCUGGUCUGGCUGGUUUAGGUGUGGAGGGGACACCACAAACCACGCCAGGAUUCUGACUAACAUUUCCACUGCCCACAAUAAAUCUCCUCUCCAUGUCUAUCCCUGGAUUGUAGCUACAAUUAUGGUGACACUUAUCACAGAGCAGCUCCGUAAACAGAGUUUGGAAGAGCCUUAUUACAAGGCUUUCUCAUUUAAUGUGAAUGCGUCAUUACCUGCAGUGGGCUCAAGUCCCACUGUCUCAUGGAGUGCUUGUAGAUCAACACAAGAGACCAGCUCAGCUACACACCCAUCAUCCAAAGCUAACCUUCUGGAUGAUUUCUGUGGACCAGACCCUCUAGGGCCUCCUUCCCGCUCUGGAGAAGCUUUCCUGAGUCCAGAGGUUUCUUUAACAGACGAGGUUUUCCAAAGCUCCCCUCCGCCACCACCUCCAAAACGCCACUGCCGGUCCCUCUCUGUUCCUGAGGACCUUUCUCAGUGUCGCUCCACCUGGCAUCCUAGUGCAUCCAAGGUUUGGACCCCAGUCAAACGUGGCUGCCAAAGUGGAGGAUUAUCUAGUUCAGGCUCUGCUGCGAGCUCUUUGCCACUUUGUGGUCCCAGUUCCUCCUUCACUUCUUCAUCCCUACACUCAUCUUCUAGCCCUACCUUCUUCAGCUUAGCACUGUCUGACUCUCCACUACCAUGGAGCUUCCCAUGGGACCCCUGUGACCAACUGAAAGGAGCCUGUUCUGCCUCUUUUGCUACUCCUUCCUCCUGCUCCUCUUCACCAGCCCCUAUGGUUUCUCACUCAGUACUGCAGCGCCGAUUCUCCCUCUCCCCUGUGCACAUUCAUGGCGCCUCUUCUGUGCUCCUGCCCCCCCAUCCCUCCCCUGCUUCUGCUCUGACAUAUGACUGUUCUGGUGUGGAACACCCAGCCCUGUCUCCAUCUCCCACUUCUGCGUGUAGUACACCAUCCUCCUCUAGACGUGACCUGCACCCAGCGCUGCCGCGAUGCCGCUCGCAGCCCUGUGAUAUGCGCAGACCUCGCUUGAAGAGGCGCCGUGACCCAGAUGUUCUGCCCUGCCCUAGGCCAGGCCUUAACUUCAGCAAGAUGACACAGAUUGGUAAUCACGAGAGCCUCCUAUGUGGUACAGGUGUCUGCGUAGUUCCAGUGUCUUCCCAGUCAGAACAUCGCUCAGCCUUCUCCCCUGCAGACUUCCUGGGACGAGCCAGCAUUGGGCCACUGAGUGAAAGUGAAGAGGAGGAAGAUGAGGAUAAAAGAGAGAGGACUGUAAUAGAUGGAGGACAAAAGAUUGUUUUUGAAAGGGACUGCACAGAACUGGACUUGAACCUUAUAGAAGAGAACUGACACUCCUUGGUGCUCCCAGUGUGAUUACUGCAUUCAUAACAAUGUUAAGCACACCUGUAGGCUUUGUGCGCUCUCCUGGCAGAGUCCUUGGGAACCUGCUGCCCUCCUAAGGCAUGUCAGAGUUCAUAAUCAAGAACCAAGCAAUUAGAAGCUAAUAUCAACUUACAAUGUAAUGACUGUAAAAUUUGAGCUAGUUCAUUAAUUAACAUUUCAAAGGAAAUAUCAGAGUGCCUGCCUAUUCAGUGCUCCAUAGGGAAAUGUGCAUGAGUAAAUGUUUUCAUGCACACAGAAUUUGGCUAAUUUCAUAUUGAUAAAAGUCUUAUUUGCUUUAAUCAUUGGUAUGCAUCUUGAUAUCUUUACAUAUCCUCAAAGAAUGCCAUAUACUGGAGUAAGCAGAAUGUGCUUAAUAUUGCCUCUAAGUGAUUUGAAUACACGCUAAAAGCAGAUAGUUUAUUGGGAUAGAGGAAUUUCUCUGAAUUUGGACAUGACUGUAUGUGAGCUGUUUAAAGGUUGCUGCCAUGUGUAGGUCAAAAUAUUAGAGUAGCCCAAACGUAAGAAUACUGAUUUAUAUGUAAAUGCUCUCCUGUAUGUUUAACAGGAUACAUUCCAGGAUUUCGCUGCAGUUUCUUAAAUCCCCCAUAGGCCCUAAAAUCAUGUCCAUCUCACUGCUCUUCUAGCUUUGAUUUAGCUCGUCCUUUUGGAGUAAUUCUACAACAUCAAAGGGAAGCUUUUCUUGUAAUAGCAUAAAGGAUUGCUCUACUCUCUUGUAGGGGGGGUGAGUGUGUACGCGCACACACUCUUUUCUAGGUUGGAAGUUUUCUAAAUUGCUUGAACAUUACCACACCUUGUCAACAACAAUACUGAUGAUACUGUAAACUGACCACGCCUUAAGCUUAAAAUACAGAGUUCUUCGUGCUCUGGUCUUCUUUUCACAGCCAGACAUUUUUGCUAUCCAUGUUUGCGCUGAUUCAGAUAUUUGUCAACAGGUCGGACAUGCACUAUAAUCAGUUGAAUAACUGAAUCGAUGCUGCAGCUGGACUUCACAUAGGGCACAAUGUAACCUACUGUAGGGCGGUAAAGUGAGUACACACGUAAAGCCCGUUCUCAGUGUAUGACAAAGGUGGUAGUUAUGCAGAUGAUUUGGUGGCCUUCCAGAAAUGAUUUUUCAUGUGUUUUCAGAUGGAAAUAUUACUGUUGCACAAUUUAUGUACAAAUAAAAUUUAAUAGAGAA